AAGCAGCUAUAAAAGCUGCUGGGGAAAAGCCACCCUCCAAAAACUGCUAGGUGAAUAUUCAAGAUACUACAGAUUUAAAACCGAGGAAAUGGCGCUGAAGGUGGUGUGUCUUCUGACCCUGCUGGGUGUCUUGUUUGUGGAGCCAGGGUUUGGACAGAGAGGCGACAUUGAUAUUAAUGAGUGGCUGAAGGAUAAAGUGGAAUUUAUCAAGAAAUUGGAGGAAAAACUUAAAGAGGUAGAAGGACGGCAGAAUGAUUUUGACGCUCUGGAGACCAAGCUCAACGCGACUGUGGACGAGGUGACGAGACAGAAGGCUGAAAUGGACAAACUGAAGAAAGAGAAUGAAGGCUUGCAAACAAGACUGAAUGCCACAGAGGAGGACGUUGAUAAGCUAAAGCAGAACAGUGCUAAAGGUGGCCCUCAGAUUGCAUUCUCUGCCUCUUUGGCAAACUUUGGAGAGAUUUACAAAGGACCCUGUACAGACAAGGCCCUGAUUUUCAAAAGGGUCUUCUCAAACACUGGCAAUGGUUAUGACCCGAAUACAGGAAUCUUCACAGCACCAGUGAAUGGUCUCUACUUCUUUAGCUUCAGUACCUAUGGCUACAAUACACAUGUAAUGGGGGCCAUUUUAAUGAAGAAUGGCGUUAGUCAAAUUUCAACCUAUGAUUACCCUUCAACUGACGGCUCGGACAGUAGCAGUAAUGCUGUUGUUCUGCAGUUGGAUGGUGGUGACAAGGUGUACAUGGAACUGUGGGAUGACGGCAGAGUGUUCGACAACAUGAACGGACACACAACCUUCAGUGGAUUUCUUGUCUUCCCUGCGUAAAAGAUAGUAAACA